CUCACCCUCUCUCGUCCAUCCUCGCUUCUCUCGCCCAGCAUGGGGUCCCGCCAGCAGCGCGUGAUGGUGCAGCCCAUCAACGUCAUCUUCAAGUACCUGCAGCAGAAGACGCGCGUCAGCCUCUGGCUCUACGACAACACCGACAUGCGCAUCGAGGGCUGCAUCAUUGGCUUCGACGAGUUCAUGAACGUGACCAUGGCAGAGGCGGAGGAGGUCUACAUCCGGAAGGAGAAGGCGGGCACGCGCAACCCACUCGGCCGGAUCCUGCUGAAAGGCGAUGCCAUAACGUGCAUCCAACCUGCCGCCACAUCGUGAAGGCCCUCACGCCGCUCUCCGUCGCCGCGUGCGAGGCACGCUCGUCCUCAAAAGCUGGCUGCGCAGGCGCACAUCCCGUCCGCUCGACUGCGCACGGCGCCUCCUGCCGUCCCGCCCGCUUCCGCUGUACACUAAUCACACUUUGCUCGCCACAAGCACCGUUUCGCUCGAUCACCAAUCGCAUCACUCUCGACCAG